AUGGAAGAUAUACAGGAUAUUAAGAGACAAGCAUUUAGAAAAGAAAGAAAGGAAGAAUUGCUAGAAGAUACAUUUCCACCUCUACCAAAAGUCAGGGAAAAAGACAAAAUAAAGGUUGGAUCACUUAUUAAACGAAGAUAUUCAGGACGUGUUGGAGUAACGAUUUUAAAUCGGGAAGGAGAGAAUUUGGAAGGAUUUCCAAGUAAUUUUAGAAGUACAAUAAAGCAUGGAGAAGAUUAUGAACAACAGCUUGGAGAAUUUUCGCUUUCUAAUUUUGCAUCACAAAAUUUUAACGCAGAAGAAUGCAAUGAGAUUUCGAAAUUUUAUAGUCAAUUGGUUGAAUCCUAUGAAACAAUUUCAUCGGAUCUUCAAGGGAAUAUUCUUGAUAAUUAUAUGAAAUUUGUUUCAAUUUCGAAAGAAAUAUCAAACAUGAGCAAUGAUAUGUCUACAAUUAGAGAAUAUCUUAACACUUUAUGUGAUACUAUUGAAUUUUUAAAAGAUGACGUAAAUUCAUUAUCUCAAAGUUCAUUAUCAUUAGAAAAAAGUAAAUGGAAGGGGUAUAAAAAUUCAAUUUCAGAUUUAAAAAGUAUAUGGGAAGAUCAAAUCAAAGAUCUUCUUGAAAAUGUGGAAGGAGCACAAAAAUUUCUACCUACGGUUUAUGGAAGACAUAUCGUUUAUGAAAGUAGUGAUUGGAAGGAGUUAAAUUAUACGUCAUGGAAACCUAAAUCUAAUAUUCGCUUAAUUUUACUUAACGAUAAUUUGUUAAUUGCUAGAAUUUCAUCUAAAUAUCGAAUCUCUCAAAACUCUACUCAAAAAAUUGGAAAAGUAAAAUAUAUUGCAGAAAAUUGUUUUCCUUUAACUGAAAUUGAAAUAAUUGACCUAGAACCUAAUGAAUCAUAUUUCAAGGAACGUAAUAUCGCUGGAACUAUAAUUAUUCAGAAGGAAAAACAAAAUUUUAUUUUCAAAACUGAUAAAAUUGAAGAAAAAAAUAAACUUCUUCAGGAAUUUGGAAAAGAGUAUUAUACAUUAACGAAAAUACAGAGGGGAGAUAUAGAGGCUAUAAGAAAAGCUAGAGAGUCUAUAUAUUUUUUAAACACUAAAGAUUCAUCUAUAACGGCUCAAACUUUACUUAAUCGGUUAUAUUUUAAUAAUUCAGAAGCCAUUUCAUUUAACAACGGCGAAAUUAAAGAUUUCCAAUGGGUUCAGGACAAAAUAGAUGAAUUAGAUAUAAUGAUUGCUCAUAGAUUACUUGAAGAUGCAACAAAAAGUAUUGAAAAAGAUAUCAAAAUAACUGUCGAAAACCUUAAAGAAUCCAUUGCAACAGAAUUGAUUAUUUCAAAACUUGAAAAUCGUUCUUCAAAAUUAGCAGAUAUAAUAUGCGAUGAAUUGGAUAAAAUGUCAUCAUAUAAAGAUAUUGUAAAAAAAAAUGUACAUUAUUUAUUAAGACUUGGAUAUGAAGAUCGUGCAAAAAAAUCAUUUUUAGCAUCUAGAUCAAAUUUAAUUAAACGAAGAACAAGGCAAUUAUAUUUUAAAGAAAAUAUUGUUUCAUAUAUAUCCGAUUUAGCACUAAUUCACUUUGUUUUAAUACACAAUACAGCAGAAAUGUAUAUAUCCGCUUUUCAAAAACCAUCAUUAACAUCUAGUCUUAUAGCAUGGAUAAAAUCUCAAAUUGAAAACUUUUUAGAACUCUUUUCAAAACAAAUAUGCUUUAUUAGUUUCGAUUCUGAUAUUUAUUCUAAUAGUAUGAAGGUAAUUAAAGAACAAUGCAAAAUACUAAAUGACCUGGGUAUUGAUAUGAGUUUUUUAUUUCAAAAUUUUGAAAAUAAUUUUAAAAAAAAUACAGUAAAUUCUAAUCCUUAA